UAUCUUAAAAUAUAUAUAUUUUUAUUCUCAGUCUGUUAUUUGGUCUAAUUGCCCUAAAUUUCGAAAUUGAAUUACAAAAUGGCGAAAAAGAAAAAGUCUGGGAAAAAGAAGGGGGGUAAAUUGGCAAAAAUGAGCGAAGAAGAGAGAAUUCUAUUUCUUGAACAAAAAGCUCUUGCAGAGGAAGAAUUAAGGAAAAAGAAAGAAGAUUUGCUGAUGCAAUUUCUAAAGGACAAAUUGGGGAAAGAAGAAAAAAGCACGAAGGUUAAUCUGAAUAGAUUAAAUCAACAAUGGAGACAAAUAAUGAGAGAUAGCAAGUCAAAAGAUCUACGUAAGGAUAUAGAAAUUCUCAGCCAAACAUUUGAACGAGUGGUAGAUCGCAAGGACAGUGUUAUAAAAGCACUGGCUACUGAUAUAGGAGAAGCAGAAGAGCAAUAUGCAGUCGCAUUACGAAGUCAUAUCCAGAAUAUUGAUGAUAUUGUUGAUCUUCAGAGAAGUCGAUUAGAUCGUUUAAAAUGUGAAUAUAAUGACGAAUUGAACACAAUAAAGAAAGAAUUUGAAGAUGAAGGUGAUAAAGUGACAACAGACAGAAAAACUGAACAGAAAAUGCUUCAAGAUGUUUCGUUUGCAAUGGAACAAAACUAUUCAGAGAGAGAAUCCGAUGCCAGACAAGAAUUUCAAAGCAUGAGAGAUGAAAUUAAAAACAAGAAUUUAGAAGAAAAACAUGCUUUACGUAUUCAACUUGAAGCGUCUGUGGAAGCUUUGUGGAAACAAUUUCAAGCUGCAUUGAAAAGCUACAAUGAAACAACAGAGGAACGUAAAAUUGCUUUCGAAAAUCUGAAAUCGAAAGAUGAAAAAAGUGCAAAAGAAAUUGAAAUGCAAAUGAAGAAAUUACAGAGAAUACAGGAUACGAUAAUGCAGCUGAGAGCCAAAAUGCAGCAAAAUACGAGAGAGUGUGAAGAAAGAAAUCGCCAUUUGAAAGAAGAAAGGGAGCUGAUUUUAAGACAUUUUCAAGAAUUAAAAAGUGAAAUGAACACAGAAAGAGAAAGAGAUAGAGUAAAACUAACAACAUUGACUUUGCAAAGUAACAACUCCAUAAAGACAUUAUCAAGAGUUUAUGAGAAAGGAGAUAGAAUCCUUAAGCUUGCAGAAAUGUGUCGAAAAUUGGAAACAGAGGAGGAAAAAGUUUUGCCCUUUUUUGCAUCGAGUUUAACAAAAGAAGAAGAGGAAGACAUUGAUGCUGCAAUGAUGGAAGAACCAAGUGAACCAUUAUCUGGAAUAAUGCAUGAAUAUCAUGCUUUGGAAAAUUUUUGGAAACGAUAUAAUAAAGUUCUGCUGGAUAAACUAGCUCUUGAUAAAGAAAAACAAACAUUGGCACAAGAAAAUCAACAGCUUCGUACAGUUUUGAAACAAUAUUUGGAUGGAAUUUCAGUUAACGAUGAAAUAUUGAGUCAAAGCAAUCCACUGUUUGUUGUCAACCACAAGACUAACGUUAAGCUCUCAGUCCCAGUAUUGGAUCCACGGGUAAGAAGACCAAUUCUAACAGUUGUGGAAGCGGCUCAUGUUGUCAAGCAUAUCACUACUACAUAAUAGUUCUAUUUUGUAUUCGAUUUAUAUUAUUUUCAAGUCAAAUUUACUCCUGCCUAGUACGGAUGGACAAUGAUGAUUUGCGCUUAACUUAUGUAUAUAUGUUUAGAAAUUGUUUUGAAUAUAUUAAAUAUUGUUUUUUAAAUAUUCCAAUAAUACAAAUACAUGUAUUUUCGUUUGCUUGUAUUUCGAAUAAAAUAGGAUAUAGAACGUGUGUAUAAACUUGAAAUUUUAAGAACAUGUACGUUUCACGGUUACAUUUUAUUCAUUGGUAUAUUUUAAUAAAUAAAUAUUGUGUAUUUUG